UGUUACAAUGCUCCUUUGCAAGCAUGUGUCUACAGUACCUUACCUCAACUCCCUAACUACAUUGCCAAUCAAAGAUAACCGAGUUGAUAAACCGCCAGAACCUUGAAAAUUCUUUUGUGAUUUUGCUGUUGCAACGAUGUUAUGACUGUUUUCUAUAGAUCUUGAUCGACAUAAUGGAUGACCUCUCGGGAUUGAAUUGGUCCGCCCCGGCCAACAACACCUCCAACAAGAAGCCGCCCAUGAACCCAUCGAGUGCCUACUCCUAUCCAUCUCUGCGCCCAACACCGUCGCCUCAACCAUCCGGUCGCAACACGCCUCUAUCGUCUCAGGCCUCCGGUGCGGCGGGGUUCAAGCCACCGGCGGCAGCCCCCAAAGCUGCGCAGGAUAGCUUCAGCGGUCUGGUGAAUUUCGGAGCUGCCAAGAGUACGGCCAACUUGAGCUUGCGCGAACAGCAGGAACGCCUCGAGGCUGAAAGGCGCAAGAAAGAGGAGGAAAAGAGGAAACAGGCACAGACGAACUACGGCGAUGGGAGGUUCUUUGACACUCUAGGGUCCAGGUCAACGACACCCUCGUCGCAACCGGCGUUUGGGGGCCUGAACAAUGGCAAGCCAGCAGCCGAUUCCGAAGAUGACCUUUUUGCCGCAUUCAAGUCUACCACGCACGUCGACAACGCAAGUCACUUUCCCCCACCGGUCCCGAGGGGACAGACAUCGCUUUCGAGAGGCUCUACGCCGGCAAAUGCACCGGGUCUAAACUUAGGCAGCCCGAGUGCUUGGGAGCAGCCCACCGCCUCGAAGAACACAUUUGAUGAUGACGAUGACCCUUUUGGCCUUAGCGAGCUGAAACCGAAAUCUCAGCCUGCACCAACCGUUGGGGCUGACGACGACGAUCUGCUCGGUGACCUGGGCAAACCUAUCGAAGAGGUGCGGAGAGAGCAGGAGGCCAAGGCCAGGGCGAAAGCCAAGGCAAAAGCGCCAGAACCAGAGCCUGGCAAGCCUAUUGAGGAUUCUGAAUCAGACUCCCCGGGUGAAGAUGGCCCUGUCAGGAAAACAGGCAGCGACCCUUUUGAUAAGGCCGUUGCGCAAAUUGUUGACUAUGGUUUCGCCCCUGAAGAUGCAAGGAGGGCGCUUACGGAAAGCGGGGCAGGCUUGAACGUACAAGCGGCUGUAAACUUCCUUUUGGACGAUGCGCACAAAAAGUCAAAAGAGAAAGCGAGGCAGAAGCAGUCUCAAGCAGGACGCCUUAGGGAAGACGACGAUCGAGCUUCAUCUUCUGGGCGAUCUAGGAACGCCAGUCCGGCUUGGGCGCAGGAUGAGGGGCUGAGCCGCCGGGACAACCGGUCGCCGGGACAAGGAGAAGUAGACUUCGCGAAGCAGGCGACUGCGCUUGGUAACAGCUUCAUGAAAUCUGCAAAUUCGCUUUGGAAAACCGGCCAAAAGAAGAUGCAAAAGGCGGUGGCAGAUUUUCAACAACAGGAUGCAGGUGACCCAAGCCAGCCUAAAUGGAUGAGGUCUGCGCAACAGGACAUGCACGGGGCGCCAGCAGAACGAAAGCGCACUGAAGCUGGGACCGACGAAGCGAUGAUGCUUGAAUCUGGUGGUCGACCACCUCGGCGGGACGCAGCCAGCAGUGGCUCUUCUCGGAACCAGUCACCAGCGGUGCGGCCAUCGGCUGGCUCUAGGACAGCAUCAGGGGCCAAUUGGCAGCAGGUAUCACAGCCAUCUCUUAUGGACCCACGAUCGAGAAUCAACAAGCAGGAGAUCGAGGAGCAGAGUGCUCAGGCGUAUAUCAGUCCCGCUAGGCGGAAGAAGGUAAUACCUCAGCCCCAGCCAGAGUCAAGACCUCCGCCGGAGCCAGAAGCGGACUUGCUCUUUGAGUCGAAUCAACCGAGUAGACCUCAAGCGCCCCCUACACAAAGGGCCGCUCCCACUGUUGCGAAAGUGCAAAACAAUCCGCCUCCGCCUAGGCCACGGCCAGCACAGCCAGCCCGCCAGAUCCCACCGCUUUCGGACUCUGCUCUACAGGCAUCCACCAAGCAUCGCCUCGAAGGAACUGCGCACUUCAAGCGAGGAGAUUUUGCAUCGGCUCACGCCUCAUACGGCAGCUCUCUAUCAGCACUUCCCCAGUCGCAUCCUCUCGCCAUCUUGCUGCUUUGCAACCAUGCAUUGACAGCCCUCAAGACCGGAGAGCCCCGCCAGGCUGUCGACGAUGCCGAUACCGCACUCAAGCUCAUUGGGCCUGGCAAAGGCGAAGGCGAGACCGUCUCGCUUGGCGGACCCGAGAACGAAACUCGUGAAAUGAAGGACCUUUACGGCAAAGCACUGACACGCAAGGCUGAGGCACUUGAGCAGAUGGAGAAAUGGAGCGACGCAAGUGUCGUCUGGCAGACGUGCGUCGAGUCUGGUGUUGGUGGUCCCACGGCCACGGCAGGUCGACAGCGCUGCCAGAAGGCUCUGGCGCCCAAGCCGAAGCCCAAAGCAGCCCCUCCUCGGCCCAAGCCGAAGCCGGCUGCGGCGUCCAACAAGAGCUCGGAAGCAGUUGUGCGGCUGCGGGAAGCCAACGCUGCUGCUGCACAGGCAGACGAGGAGAAGUUUGCACUCGUUGACAAGGUCGACGCGCGUAUCGCAGCUUGGCGCGACGGCAAACGAGAUAACCUACGGGCUUUACUGGGGAGCUUGGACCAGGUCCUCUGGGAGGGCAGCGGGUGGAAGAAGGUUGGACUUCAUGAGCUGGUCGUGGCCAACAAGGUCAAGAUUAUAUACAUGAAGGCCAUUGCCAAGUGCCACCCUGACAAGAUUGCCCAAGACGCAAGCACUGAAGUCAGGAUGAUUGCUGGAACAGUUUUCGCUACUCUGAAUGAGAGUUGGGACAAGUUCAAGGCCGAGAAUGGGUUGUAGAUAAUGGGGUUUUCACGCCAGAUAUCGUGCAACUCCACGAGGAAUGAAGACAUUAAAACUGGAAUUUGUUCACUUGCAAAGACAAGCUGCGGUGAAGAAACGGAUGUUUGUUACUGCCGCCCUAAUAGACACAGUCUAGGUUUUGAUUUUCAACUUUGAUGAUCUCAUGCAACAGACUCUACGCGUACUCGAUAGCUGUGGAGUACUAUUGCACUGACGGCUAGUUAUGAAUAGACUUUUAGACUCCGGUAAAAUCCUUUCAUGCAAGCUCC